CACGUCAUGUUUACCUCGUAAAACGAUAAAAGUCGAAGUUACACGAACACGGUUAUGCUCUUGAAACUGUCAUUUGAUGUUAAGUUAGAAAAUGCCCAAAAGACUUAAUGCCUUAAAUUUAUUUGAGCCUAAAAUGUAAACACUAUAUGACAGCUGACCCGAUGUGUUGAAAGUAACGGUUAUCACAGCCUGACUGACAGCCAGCACGCGUUCUGUCAUUUGUUGGUCCGCGUUUAUUCUUUCUAAGUAGCUUUAUGUUGUGUCGAGUGGUUUAAAUGGGUUGGCAGUCUCGAACCCGAACCCUGCAGGUGUUUGACACGGAGUUAACUGCGGAUACGGUCGAGUGGUGCCCUAUACCACAGUGGGCUCAUGUUCUGGCAUGUGGGACUUAUCAACAACUUUUGGAAGGAGAUGAUAAGCAUAGCACAGAAGAGUCCGCUGCCCCGAGGAGAAUCGGUCGACUUUAUCUAUUUGACUGUAAUCCUCAGCCAUCGUUCAUUCCUCCAUUGACGGAGACUCAGAGAACAGAAACUGCAGCUAUCCUCGAUCUCAAGUGGUGUCAUGUGCCAAUAUCUGAGCGCCCAUUAUUGGGAAUGGCCACUGCGAGUGGAGAAAUCCAGCUUUACAAGCUUAUCGAAGCUCAGCAGGGCUCCAGUGGUCUGGAGUGUGAGCUGUGCACAGAUUUGGGUCCUGACAGACUGGCCUUGUCUUUAGACUGGUCCACAGGACGAGGCGAGAGCAGUGAUGUGCGUGUGGUGUCCAGUGACUCCACUGGCUCUAUCACACUGUUGUCUCUGGGGGAAGCAGAUUUAACCACUGUGUGUCAGUGGAAAGCUCACGAAUAUGAAGCCUGGAUCUCAGCGUUUAGUUACUGGGAUACUCAGACUGUUUAUUCAGGUGGUGAUGACAGCAAACUAAAGGGCUGGGAUCUGAGAAUGGGUUCCUCUUCCCCUACUUUCACCAGCAAAAGGCAUACUAUGGGUGUUUGCAGCAUACACAGUAACCCUCAUCGAGAGCACAUACUGGCCACCGGAAGCUAUGAUGAGAAUGUGUUGCUGUGGGAUGGGAGGAACAUGAAGCAGCCCCUGAGUGAGACUCCAGUGGGUGGAGGAGUGUGGAGACUCAAGUGGCACCCCAGUCAAGAGCACCUACUGCUAGCUGCAUGUAUGCAUAAUGACUUCCAGAUACUCCACUGCCAGAAAGCUAUGGAAGGACAAGAGACACCAUGUCAGGUUCUAGGGUCCUAUAUUCUUCACAACUCUUUAGCAUAUGGAGCAGACUGGUCCAGACUCCCUGUAAGCUCCUCUGCACCCCCCUCUCCUCAAGAUCCUCCACAAACCAGCUCAGGGCUCGUCGAGUCCACAGGUCACCUCAGGAUCCAGUAUGAAUCACCCACUGCCAGCUUCGACACAUCUCUAGAGGACGACUCGGGACGCUACAUACCCGACCAAUGUCCUUUACCAGAAAAAAGCUCCGUUCCAGACCUGUUCACCAGCGAUGCCUGGGACUCUGUGUCCUGUCUGAUGGCCACCUGCUCCUUCUACGACCACAUGAUGCAUGUGUGGCGGUGGGAUUGGAGCCCAGAGGAAAAACACGAAGCCCUAUAAAAAUGAGCUUGUUUGGAGCUGCACAUUCAGGUGACCGAAGUAUUGCUUUGUAUUUAAUAUAUGCAAUAUUGCUUUAUUCCUGUGUCAUUUGCUGACUAUAUUCUUGGCUAGAAAAUGUACAGGCGAUUUUUCUAGUGGUAAUGGCUCCAAUUUAAUUAACACUGAGAUCUAGAUCUUUUAUAACAAAUAAACUAUAUCUAUAUUAAA